AAGUUGGUUGGCAAAUGAUAUAAAAAAAUUUCAUGUUAAAUUCGUUGACUGUAUACUAUAGUUUCUAUUUGUAUGUAAUUAAUUAGUCUAUGAAAAAUUUAAAAAUUCAAAUUUAUUCAAAUAAAUUUAAAAUAAAACACUUCAAUUAAAUAUAAGUUAUAAUUUUUGUUUAAAAACGUUAUUGUAUUAUUUUUAUAAUUAAAAAAGUAUUAAGUUAAUCGUUUAGAGGACCUAAAAGUACUUAAAACAGUACUGAACUACCUAUUUCAAGAAUAUUGCAUUCAUGUAGAAGAGUUUAUUAUAAACUAUUAGUUAGAAUUUGCAUUUUAAAUUGUAUUAAAUUGCUUUAAAAAAGAUAGUUUUAUGAUUGAUUAAGAAAAUGUCAUUCAAUCAAGUUGAGGAUGAAACAUACAGCCCAGAAUUCGAUAUUGGUUCUUUACCAAAACAUUAUGAUUAUAAUUCAUUUGUGUGUGAUGAAGAUAUAGAAUCUGAAAAAGAAGAUUUACCUCGACUAAUUCUUAUGGGAUUACGAGGAAGUGGAAAAACUUCUAUACAAAAAGUUGUGUUUCAAAAAAUGUCACCAAAUGAAACUUUAUUUGUUGGUAGUAAUAAUUCUAUGUUAAAAAAUGAUAUAAACAAUUCUGCAUUUGUUAAUUUUCAAAUAUGUGAUUUUCCUGGUCAUUUUGAUUUUACUGAUCCCGAAUAUGAUGCAGACACAAUUUUUUCUGGCUGUGAAGCUCUCAUUUUUGUUAUUGAUGCUCAAGAUGCUAUAGCCAGUGCCCUUAACAGAUUACAUUCAAUUGUGACAAAGGCAUAUAAAGUAAAUAAUAAUAUUAAAUUUGAAGUAUUCAUACAUAAAGUAGAUGGACUUACAGAAGAUACAAAAAUGGAAACUCAAAGAGAAAUCCAUCAAAGAGCAAAUGAUGAUUUAGUAGACUCAGGUGAUGAUCAAAAAAUUUAUAUAAGUUUUCAUCUAACAUCCAUUUAUGAUCACAGUAUAUUUGAAGCAUUUAGUAGAGUUGUUCAAAAAAUGAUACCUCAGUAUGCAACUCUUGAAAAUUUUCUCAAUAUUAUAAUAACUACUUCAGGUAUUGAAAAAGCAUUUUUAUUUGAUGUAAAGACAAAAAUUUAUGUUGCAACUGAUUCAUCGCCUGUAGACAUGCAAAGUUAUGAACUAUGUUGUGACAUGAUUGAUGUAGUUAUUGAUUUAUCAAAUAUUUAUGGUUUAGGGGAAACGCCAAGUUCCAUGACUGAUCCAGCAUUUGAUGAUCAAAGUUCUAGUCUAAUUAAACUCAACAAUGGUACUAUUUUGUAUCUAAGAGAAGUGUGUAGUUUCUUGGCUUUAGUUUGCAUUUUAAGAGAAGAUAAUUUUGAAAAGCAAAGAAUUAUUGAUUAUAAUUUUAUGAUAUUGCGAAAAGCAAUACAUAGUUUAUUUGAAUUAAAAGCUAAAGAAAAAGAAGGAAUACUAGAAAAUAAAACACCAUCUCCUAAGUAAUACUUGGGUUUUAAUUAAGUGUAUUAAUACUUAUAUAAUUUGAUAAGUUUAUUUAUGAAAUUAUAUUAUAUUAAAUAUUUAUAAAAUUCUGUUUGUUAAACCUGUUUUUUUUUUUUUUUUGAGUU